UAGUAGGCAGACUCUUUGAGUUCAGUUUCAAUUUUGCAUUCGAUACAGACACUUAUCAUCGCUUAUUUCUAUCAAACCUAAAGCGAAUCAAACUUAAAAAUGAGUGCGUGUGCAAGUGGACUAACAAUAAUUAAGGAAGCUGACGUUGAGAGUCUAUUAACCUGGCCUGCAGUUUUCGAAGCUUGCACGGAAGCACUCCGGUCGGUUUCCGAAGGAAAGGAGGAUGCCACUCAACCCUCAGCAAAACAGCCCAUUCGAACACAUGUCGAGAUGGCACGAAAAAACGCUCUUGGAUUUUCAAUGUUGGGAUUCAUUGAAAACUAUCGAAUGAAAACUGUUGACCCAGACAAAGUAUUCGCCACUUUCGGACACAAGUUGGUCUCAUCUUUUCCUACCAACAAAGACUUGAAGGAACCGCUGCCAGUUAUCAUCGCAUCGAUUUCUCUGUUCUCUACUUGCACCGGUAAACUUAAAACUAUUAUCGAAGGAAAUGGCGUUACGGCAUGGAGAACUGCUGGAGCAUGUAUGGUGGCUACGAAAUAUCUCUAUUUUGAUCGAAAUGAACAGCACAAGGGCGACAAAGUUCUGGCUAUUGUAGGAUGUGGUGUUCAGGGUAGAAUGCAUGCCAUCGGAAUCAGUUCCAUGUUCGGAAUAAAUGAAAUUCAUCUGUGGAAUCGUACCGUAUCUACAGCAAAUGAUUUAAAAAAAGAAUUGGAAGGUAUGACUGCAUCAUUCGUCAACAAAAAUUUGAAAGUUUUUGUCCAUGAAUCGGUUCGCGAUUGCGUCAAAACUGCUGACAUUAUUGUCACUGCAACGGGAGCAAGAUCUCCAAUUCUAUUCGAAGACAUGUUAAAAGAAAACGUUCACAUAAACGCUGUUGGUGCGAGCAAAGAUCAUCACUCCGAAAUUGAUCUGAAGGUUUAUCAGAGCAGCAAACUUUACGCCGAUAGUAUGACAGGAGCUAAAAGUGAGCUGAAAGGAUUGGAUUGCCCUGUCGAAGGUGCAGUGGGGGAUAUAAUUAACAAAACGAAAUCGGUCACCAAACAUCCCCGAACUGUUUUCCAUUCGUUGGGAAUGGCUAUUACGGAUUGCACCGUGGCUCAAGUUGUCGAAACGCUUUAUCUCAAGAAGCAUCACAAACAGUAGGAACAAGAUGACGAACUCAAAAUUUUCAGUGACUUGAAGCAGAUAUUCUAAUAAAAAAUUGAAAAUUUUAUUCCGA